AUGACACAUGUUGCAUUUCUCUAGCUAAUGUGUACAGGAUAAAAUAAUAUUGAAAACGUUUUUUUUUUUAAAAAGGAAACUAGAGUCGGAAUUCGUAUUAAUCCCCCUCUUGUCAUGGUGAGGUUGAGGGCGAGAUGUCUGCUUGUUGGUGAUCCAGCAGUGGGCAAAAGUGCCCUGUCGCAGAUGUUCCACAGUGAUGGCGCUCUCUUCCAAAAGAACUACAGCAUGUGGGAGCCCCAGUCACUCGGUGGAUUGAUGAGAGCGAGGGAUGUUGAGAAGAGAAUACAGCAAACAUUGGAGACAACACGAGUGGAGCUGCUUAUCAAAAGCGUCAACAUCCCCGACAGCGGCGACAGCGUGGAGCUUUACAUCAUUGACUCUGCAGGGAAGGAAACCCUGGUAGAAGCCAAUGAGAAAAUGUGGGGGGAGCCAUCUUUGGUCUGCCUGGUGUUUGACCUGACCAGUGAAAACUCCUUUGCCAGCUGCGGUCGCUGGAUGGAGAGGGUUCGGACCCACUGCAGGGGUCUCAACGUUCCUGGGGUUUUGGUGGGCAACAAGUGUGAUCUGUCAGCCAGGAGGGAGGUGCAAACAGCUGUGGCGCAGGAGUGGGCCCACAGCCAGGGGCUAGAGUACCAUGAAACUUCAGCUAAGGAGAUGGAGAAUGUUGAGGCCCCACUCCUCAGCUUAGCACGAGCGUUUCACACUCUUUACCAAGAACGCAGAGAGACUAUACAGAAUCUAAGUCCAGGCUAGGCACACACAAAGACCCUUGUAAUAUUUUGUUAGGCACACCAAUUAAUUUUUUUUACAUUAAAUAUUUUUCCCACUG